AUGCUGCACGCACGUCCAAUCAGACAGCAGCACGGGGAGCGGGCAGCGUUCGGGUCGGAUGGCCAAUCAGGACGGCCCAAACGGCCCGGCGCCGGGCUCGAGUCGCGCCCGUCGGGAGCGCGGCUUGUCGAGCCCCGCCGCCGGCUUGGCCCUCCGUUCUGGGAUUGCUUCUGCCAAUGGUCGAAGAGAAGCCGUCACGGCGGCACACGCGCACAAAAGACCUACUCCGACCACAGUUGGAUUGACUUCGUGGACGAUCAGACCAAUUGGAUCUGGCACAAUUUCGAGAAAAACAUGCUUCCAAAUUUUUGUCAACCAAUUUGGCCAGACAGGUUACGACAG